GCCAGCUGGGCCGCUGACGCCAUCACGCAGCGCAGAGCGUGCGCGAGCAGGAAGCGAUGGUGGAGCGAGAGCGGCUUCAGCGCAGAAUAAACACACGCGCAUAGCGGGAGAGAGAGCGCGAGACAGAUGUGUGUAUGAUGCGUCCAGUGCGCGGCUGCGGGAUGCGCUGCUCCGUGGGCUUCCUGCAGCGCCGCAGUCUGGUUGGCUGUGAGCUGCUGAAGACGGAGUUUCAGCGCCGCAGGCUGGACGGCUGCUGCAACCUCUACAGGACGGACAUCCUGGGUCACUACGGCUGUGUGAACGCCAUCGAGUUCUCCAACAACGGCGGACAGUGGCUGGUGUCCGGUGGAGAUGACCGGCGGGUGCUGCUGUGGCACAUGGAGAAGGCCAUCCACUCCCGAGCCAAACCGGUCAAACUGAAGGGGGAGCACCUGUCCAACAUCUUCUGCCUGGCGUUCGACAGCACGAACACGCGGGUUUUCUCUGGAGGUAACGACGAGCAGGUGAUCUUACACGAUGUUGAGCGCGGCGAGACACUGAACGUGUUUCUCCACGACGACGCCGUUUACGGUCUGUCUGUCAGCCCUGUUAACGACAAUGUGUUCGCCAGCUCCUCCGACGACGGCAGAGUUCUGAUCUGGGAUACACGAGAGCCGCCGCACGGAGAACCGUUCUGCCUGGCCAAUUAUCCGUCCGCGUUCCACAGCGUCAUGUUUAACCCUGUAGAGCCACGUCUGCUGGCCACCGCCAACUCUAAAGAGGGGGUUGGGCUGUGGGACAUCCGAAAACCACGCAGUUCUCUGUUGCGAUACGGGGGCAGUUUGUCCCUGCAGAGUGCGAUGAGUGUGAGGUUUAACAGUGCAGGGACGCAGCUGCUCGCCCUGCGCCGCCGUCUGCCCCCCGUCCUGUACGAGCUCCACUCUCGCCUGCCCAGCUUCCAGUUCGACAACCAGGGCUACUUCAACUCCUGCACCAUGAAGAGCUGCUGCUUCGCCGGGGACCGAGACCAGUACAUUCUGUCUGGCUCGGACGACUUUAACCUCUACAUGUGGAAAAUCCCCAAAGACCCCGAAGCAGGUGGUCCAGGUCGUGUGGUGAACGGGGCCUUCAUGGUGUUGAAGGGUCAUCGCUCCAUCGUCAACCAGGUCCGCUUUAACCCGCACACCUACAUGAUCUGCUCCUCCGGAGUCGAGAAGGUCAUCAAGGUGUGGAGUCCGUACCAGCAGCCGGACAGCGUCGGUGACUUGGAAGGUCGUGUUGAGGAUAAAUCCCGUUCUCUCUACACGCACGAGGAGUACAUCAGCCUGGUGUUAAACAGCGGCAGCGGCCUUUCGCACGACUACGUCAGCCAGUCCAUGCAGGAGGACCCGCGGAUGAUGGCCUUUUUCGACUCGCUCGUCCGCCGCGAGAUCGAAGGCUGGAGCUCUGACUCGGACAGCGACCUGAGCGAAGGCGCUAUACUGCAGUUGCACGCCAGGGGGCGCCGCUCCACUCGCUCCGGCAGAGACGGCGGCGCCGCCACACCCGGACCGCAGGCUAACACAGUUAUCGGUCGCCACAGUGAUUCCGACCACUCGUCCUCGUCCUCGUCCUCUCUGGCCGGACCUGACGUUUCUGGUAGCGAACAACUGGACCCGGAUGGGCGGGGUUCACAGAGGCGGAGAGGGGCGGGUCCACGUGCGUCUGCGUUCUUAUUGGACCUCGUUAACGAGGAUUCCGACUCCAGCGGAUUCUGGCUGGACCCUAUGCCCCGCCCACGUUCACCCAGCCCACGUUCACCCAGCCCACGCGAAAGAGUCUCCAGCCUGUCUAGCCAUGCCUCUUCUGCAGGCCACGCCUCCACUUCCAGCUCCUCCCCCAGCUCCUCCUCGUCUAGCUCGUCUUCCAGUAGCGAGGGGGAUGAGGCGGAGCUGCGGCGUAGCAGCAUGCGCCAGCGUAACGCAGCCAGAAGGAGGCGCCACUCACAUUUCUCCGCCCAAGACCCCGCCCAAGACCCCGCCCACUCUCUGCAGAGCGCCACAGAUUACAGCAGCUACCCUAAAAUCUCCAUCCACGAUCACACGUCGUCAUCGUCCUCCUCAGGAGACGAGGGACGGCCAGUCAGGAGCCGAGGCAAGGAAGAGAGGCGUGGCCUGACGUCUAGCCCCACCCCUUCUCCAUCUCGAGUUAGGGUACGAGGCCUUUCAGUCCCUCCAGGCAGUGACCCCCAGCAUGUGAAGAGGGUGGAGUCAAGGAUGGGCUGGAGGGCGGAGCUAGAGGAGGCGGGAAAAAGUAGUGAUGAUGGAAACGAAGCACGCGGCGCUAAGGCAGCACUGGACGUAGUGCAAAGCGGCUCAGGCGCUAAAGGCAGCGCUGACGCUCACGAUGAGAACCCUACAGACUCAACUCUCCCAAGAUGCUCCAGGGAAGGGGCGGAGCCAGAGCCAGCGGCAUCCAGGAGCCAGAAACGGACACGUUUGGGGGCCAGAGAGGAGGAGGAGAAAGAGGAGGAGCCUCCAUCAGAGAAGAAGUUCAAGACAUGAUGAUGAUGAUGAUGAUGAUGAUGAUGAUGAUGAUGAUGUCAGCAGAAAUGGACUCGCUGAUUGGUUGAUUGAACUUUUGAGUGGUUUGUUGGUUCAUUUUGAGACUGUUUUUUUGUUCUAGUUCAGUGUUUGAUUAUUAAGCUUAGACAGGUCAGCACACAAACAUACAAACCGAACUUUGUAGAACCUCGACGGAGGUGGGAGUGCCGGGUGGUCUUUUUCUCUCUUUUCUCUCUCUGCUUAUUUUCUUUAGAGCUAAUAUCAAUAAAAAACAGGUAAACGUCUUUAAGCUACUGUUUUCAUCGUAUCUGCUCUUUAAACUGAGCUGUAGAACACCACUAAUAAGCUGAAUCUCAAAGACUUUUAUUAUGCUUUCUUCUAGGGAUGCACCAAUAAAAGUCCUGAUAACCCAUAUUUAGCCCGGUAGAAAUGAAAAGGUGCUGCAUUUGGAUUUACUUGGUUUAAAUGUGGGCACUAUUUCUAUAGGAAACUUACAUCCGGCUAUCAAGAAAUAACAGUAAACGGUGCAUUUCAGGCAUUUUUAACAGGUUAAAUGCUUGUUUUCUCACUAAUCUGCCUUAUAAUUUGGUUAUGAUACAAAAUGAAUCAAUAUGGUGCAGAUUUACUCAGUGUUUUGGUUAUUAGCACCCCUAUUCUCUCUCUUUCUCUCUCUCUCUCUCUCUUUCUCUCUCUCUCUAUCUCACCCCCUCCCACAUGCACUCAGUAGGUAAUUCUCGUAUCUGAGGGCUUUUACUCUGGAGUUGGGACCCCAGCGAUGACACUAAAUAUCUAAAAAUAUUAGGGAUAAAAAAGAAGAAACGAAACCAGCCUGUCAUGUAGUGCGUUCACUUCAUUUUUUUUUCCUUUUUUAAAGCAUUUUAGUAAAUAAGAACUGUGUAAAGUUGAGUUUGAGUGUUUGUUUUUGAUUCAUCACACAGUCUGAGUGCCACGUCCACACGUUCGGCCGUCCUGCUGGACUCUUUAACGCUGGGCCCGCUCCCCUCGAGCCUGGACUGGCCGUCAGUUUGCGCGCGCGUGUGUGUUUUUGCAGGUCUGUGUGAUUCUAGAGUGAUUUCUCCUGUGUUUUCUGGUAGGGGUGUUAACAGUCAGCGACGAUGCUGUUUCCACGGUAACCGUGUCCAGCUGCAGCAUCAGCAACAUUAAAGUUUUGAGUUUCAGUGUUCCUA